GUUUCCGCUUCCGCUCUUCCCUGGUCCAGUCCACCCUGGCGGGGUCGCAGGGUCGGGAUGGCGGCUGGAGGCGAUCAUGGUUCGCCCGACAGCUAUCGCUCACCUCUUGCCUCCCGCUAUGCCAGCCCAGAGAUGUGCUUCGUGUUUAGCGACAGGUAUAAAUUCCGGACAUGGCGGCAGCUGUGGCUGUGGCUGGCGGAGGCCGAGCAGACAUUGGGUUUGCCUAUCACAGAUGAACAAAUCCAGGAGAUGAAAUCAAACCUGGACAACAUCGACUUCAAGAUGGCAGCUGAGGAAGAGAAACAUUUACGACAUGAUGUGAUGGCUCACGUGCACACAUUUGGCCACUGCUGUCCAAAAGCUGCAGGCAUUAUUCACCUUGGUGCCACUUCUUGCUAUGUUGGAGACAAUACUGACUUGAUUAUUCUUAGAAAUGCACUUGACCUGCUUUUGCCAAAGCUUGCCAGAGUGAUCUCUCGGCUUGCCGACUUUGCUAAGGAACGAGCCAGUCUACCCACAUUAGGUUUCACACAUUUCCAGCCUGCACAGCUGACCACAGUUGGGAAACGUUGCUGUCUUUGGAUUCAGGAUCUUUGCAUGGAUCUCCAGAACUUGAAGCGUGUCCGAGAUGACCUGCGCUUCCGGGGAGUAAAGGGCACCACUGGCACUCAGGCCAGUUUCCUGCAGCUCUUUGAGGGAGAUGACCAUAAGGUAGAGCAGCUUGACAAGAUGGUGACAGAAAAGGCAGGAUUUAAGAGAGCUUUCAUCAUCACAGGGCAGACAUAUACACGAAAAGUGGAUAUUGAAGUACUGUCUGUGCUGGCUAGCUUGGGGGCAUCAGUGCACAAGAUUUGCACCGACAUACGCCUCCUGGCAAACCUCAAGGAGAUGGAGGAACCCUUUGAAAAACAGCAAAUUGGCUCAAGUGCGAUGCCAUAUAAGCGGAAUCCCAUGCGUUCAGAACGUUGUUGCAGUCUUGCCCGCCACCUGAUGACCCUUGUCAUGGACCCGCUACAGACAGCAUCUGUCCAGUGGUUUGAGCGCACACUGGAUGAUAGUGCCAACCGACGGAUCUGUUUGGCCGAGGCAUUUCUUACCGCAGAUACUCUAUUGAAUACGCUGCAGAACAUUUCUGAAGGAUUGGUUGUGUACCCCAAAGUAAUUGAACGGCGCAUUCGGCAAGAGCUGCCUUUCAUGGCCACAGAGAACAUCAUCAUGGCCAUGGUCAAAGCUGGAGGUAGCCGCCAGGAUUGCCAUGAGAAAAUCAGAGUGCUUUCUCAGCAGGCAGCUUCUAUGGUUAAGCAGGAAGGGGGUGACAAUGACCUCAUAGAGCGUAUCCAGGCUGAUGCCUACUUCAGUCCCAUUCACUCCCAGUUGGAUCGUUUACUGGAUCCUUGUUCUUUCACUGGUCGUGCCUCCCAGCAGGUGCAGAGAUUCUUAGAAGAGGAGGUGUAUCCCCUUUUAAAACCAUAUGAAAGCGUGAUGAAGUGUAAGCAAGUACCAUUGGACAAGAACAUUGUCUGUGUCAUUCCUUGUUGUAUUUCCAAUAGCAAGAGCACAUCAGAUACUUGGCAACUAGGCAGUCUUCCAGCUUCUGCCACUGCGCCCGACUUCCUUGUUGCAUGGAUUUAUAGCUGAUUGAAGCAACUGUAGCCAAAGAUUGAGUUAAUUACCUACCUGCCAGGAGAGCAUUAGUGUUAUUUAGCCCAUUCUCAUCCUACAUAUUUUUCAGCAUAGAUGAAGAUGAAAGCUUUUGUUUAUCAGAUUUGCAGAUGACACAAAACUGGGAGAAUUAACAAGUAUGUUUAUUUGGUAAAAUAAGUUUUCAUCUCUAACCUAAAUAGGCUGAAAUGAUAUGCCCUAAACUAAGAGGAAAAAGUUAAUAAAGAUCAAUGUAAAUAAGUUAAUCUUAAACUCAGUAUGCACCAGAACUGAGAGAAGAUUGUCUUAGGAGGUGUUAAUGGUUGUCCAGUGUCCAAAAAGCCACCAGAGGCUUACUGCUCUGCACUCUUGGCAUUACAUUCAAUUUUGGAUACCCAGUGUGAGGAAUAGAGAUGAACUGGAGAGCCAGCCUCCAGAAAGAUCUUGUGGUGGAGGAAUGUUAGGGCUCUUUAUCCUAUACAGGAGAAAACUCGUCGACACUUCAAAUAUUGCCGGGUGGAGGAAGAAUGACUUGAUUGUGUGUUGCCCCAAGAGACACACUGAGAUCAAUACCCAUUAUUAAGGCUCUGAGACUGGCUUGGGGCCAGACAUUGGAACCACUGAGAUUAGCAACCUACCCUCAAUCCCCCAGGUCAGGCAGAAGCUGGAAGACUGCCUUGUUAGGAAUGUUGUGAGGGAGAGGAGGCUGAAUCGGUUCCAGUUUUAUCUAAAAGUAGCCAGGAAAGCAGGUUGUGAUGAUGCACACUUACAGUCCCAGCUACUUGGGAAGCUGAGGCGAUAGGGUCACUUGAGCCCAAGAGUUCAGUCCAGGCUGGGUGACAGCAAGACCUUGUCACUUAAAGCCAACCUAAGAGAAGAGCUCAACCUUUUGGGAAAAACAAUAGAAGACAAUUCUGAAAACCAAAUUCUGAAUAUAGGCUAGUAUAGCAAGCAAGCAGGGAUAGCAUAGAGCCAUUUGCUCAACUUCCAGAAAGAGUUACUCUAUUCAUCUCUUUAACAAAUCUUGAAAAGGCCCGGGUGCGGUGGUGGCUCACGCCUGUAAUCCCAGCACUUUGGGAGGCCAAGGCACGUGGAUCACCGGAGGUCAGGAGUUCGAGACCAGCUUGACCAACAAGGUGAAACUCUGUCUCUACUAAAAAUACAAUCAGCCGGGCGUGGUGGCAGGUGCCUAUAGUCCCAGCCACUUGGGAGGCUGAGACAGGAGAAUUGCUUGAACCUGGGAGGCAGAAGUUGCAGUGAGCCAAGAUCAUGCCACUGUACUCCAGCCUGGGCAACGGAGCGAGACUCCGUCUGAAAACACAAAACAAAAAAAAUCUUGAAAGGAUACUAAGUCUGACACAAGGAGAUUAGUCAAUUGGACUCUAACCAGAUAUUCUGUCUACUUCCUUCUCUGCUAUGGGCAACUUAGAGGCAGCAACUACUAUCAGUUUAUCUGUAAUGUGAGAAUUUAUAUUACAUAACAGAUACUGGGGAUAUAGGAUAUGAUGGAUUUUAGUUAAUACAUUUCCUCAUAGAAAAUAAGGAAAUAAGAUAACAGUCUUGUUCCUGUCCUAACAAUUCUGUUAGACUAAUGAUCUCCAGUGAUUGGCGAUUUGACCUGGUUUCUUCCUGGACUAUUUGAAUGGGUGGAUUUGUUGGUGCAUCUCUUGUCUUCUUUCCUUUUCCAUUCUCCUUUAUUUUUGUAUUUACAUACUUGUAUGCAACUUUGUAAUCUGAUUUUCCCAUGUAACAUUUUAAUUUGAUGUAUUGGGUGGUCUGCAUGU